AUGUUCUCUUCACAGCACCCUACUCGCCUUCCAUCGAACAUCAUGUCUCAAGACAAGCGUCAGUAUGAGGCCAUAGUCUUUGGGGCCACUGGCUACACUGGAAAGUACACAGCAGAACACAUCGCCUCUCAUCUGCCAACAGACUUCAAAUGGGCCAUUGCGGGUCGAACAGAAAGUAAACUGAAAGCAGUCGCCGACGAACUCCGCCCUGUGAGCCCGGACCGUGUGCAGCCUGGGAUCGAGCUCGCGCAGCUGAACAAGGACGACCUCGUCAAGCUCGCCAGGAAGACCAAGGUACUCAUCAGCACAGUUGGACCUUACCAUAAAUAUGGAACCGCCGCAUUCGAGGCAUGCGCUGAGACUGGCACGCACUAUCUCGACUGCACUGGUGAGAUACCAUGGGUCUACGAGAUGACCAAGAAGUACGAUGCUCUCGCGAAGUCGACGGGUGCAAUCAUGAUCCCCCAAAAUGGUGUCGAGAGUGCUCCAACAGAUCUGAUUUGCUGGAUGCUCGUAACGCACAUUCGCCGAACGCUCAACACUGGAACAGCCGAGUUAAUUGAUAUCAUCCACGACCUGAAUUCCGCUCCCAGUGGAGGCACCCUUGACACCGUAUUGAGCUUGUUUGAAACAUACAGCCUUAGCCAGGUUGCCAAAGCAAUGUCUCCAUUCUCACUCUGCACAGUAACGCCACCCAAGCAAAAUCGCAGCAAGCCACUUCUGGAAGCUCUCACAGGCAUUCGCACAGAUGAUGUCCUGGGCACCCUGACCACCAGCAUUCAGGGACCAACAGACGCGCCCAUCAUCAAUCGCACCUAUGGCCUGAUCGACGGUGGCAAGUUCUAUGGUCCAAACUUCCAGCUCAGCACAUAUAUGCGCGUGAGCAACAAAGUCAACGGUUUCCUGGUACAUCUGGCCCUUACUUUUGGUCUUGCUGCCCUCAUCCUGCCACCUGUCCGGUGGGCCGCCCGCAAGUUCGUUCUCCAGCCAGGUCAAGGCACACCUCGAGAGCAAGCUAGCAAAGAGCACUGCGAAUGGCGAGCAAUUGCGAAUGCUGAUCAGAGUGAUGAUUCGGAGGAUCCCAAGCGCGCCUAUGGUCGUGUUCGAUGGAACGGAUCUAUGUAUGAUUUGACCGGGACGUUCCUCGCGGAAGCGGCAUACUGUCUGUCUCGAGAGUCCAAGACGCUUGCACACGAAAUCGGCGGCGGCGUACUCACCCCAGCUACUUUGGGUGCGUCAUAUUUAUCUCGACUGCAGAAAGCCGGACUUGAGACUUCCGUCUCAAUUCUGCCUUAG